AUGAUCGACCAAGUCAUCACAUUCUCCAAGGAUGACACUCAGAUGGUGCACUUUCCACACCAUGAUCCUUUGGUGAUCGAGAGUCAGGUUUCCAAUAAUAUGGUGGCUCAGAUUCUGAUGGACAACGGGAGUUCCGUGAACAUCAUGUUCAAGUCAGCCUACGAGAGGAUUGAGUUGACCACAAGCGACCUAUCCUCGUGCACCUCAACUUUAUACGGGUUCUUGAGGGAAGGUCUCAUACCAAUGGGCCAGAUCAAGUUGCUCGUGACACUUGGAGAUGUGCCUCGCCAGAUGUUUAAGUAUUGCACAUUCAUGGUAGUGGAUUGUUCAUCGGCGUAUAACGCCAUCUUGGGGCGCUCGACCUUAGUUGAGUUCGGGGUAGUUAUCUCUAUUCAGCACAUGUGCAUAAAGUUCCCCACAGAGUCAGGGAUUUUCAGAGUUCGAGGAGACAAAAAAAAGGCAAGGCAAUGCUACAAUGUGUCUCUCAGGCAACCAAUAAUGGUUAUUGAGGCAUUGGCCCCCGAACAGCCUCUUCUCGAGAAGGUGGGGGUGCAAGUUGUUCUAGAUGAUGAAACCAACAAGUUGGACCUGCAGGUUCAAGAUGAGAGGGCUAUCGAGCCCAUGGGGGAGGUUGAGGAAGUGGCCCUCGAUGCCUCUGUCCCCGAAAGGAAGACAAAGGUCAGGAAAGGUCUAUAG